AUGUCAAAGGACACUGUUAAGUCACUAAAGAAACAAAAUGAUGAUCUAAAGGCGCAAAUUGAGAUUCUGAUGAAAGAUUUUAGAAAACUAGAAGAAAAUGUAAAACAAAAUGAAGCACGUAACGCCGACCAGAUGAAUUCUCCAUCGACUGUGAACAAAGAGACCAUCAAGUCCUUGGAGUAUUUGGGAAGCGAGUACGACGACCUACAAAGCUUCCGAACAUCGGCAAGAAGACAACUUUCGCAUCUAGAAGGCCGUAUAACAGAAAUUGCUGAAAAUGUAGAAAACCUCUCAAAGUCAAUUGACGAUGCUCAGCAAUACAGCUACUCCUUCAAUGUCAAACUGCUAGGAAUACCCGAGCUUGAAGCCAAAGAAUCUGCUAUCCAGACAAGUACACUAUGUGUACAAAUCUUCAACGCCAUGGGCGUUCAAGUGACACUACAAGACGUAGACAUUGCUCAUCGUGUACCCACAAGAAGGAAUAAUGAUGGACGACCCAAACCAAUAGUCUGCAAAUUCAUACGACGCCUUGCCCGUGAGCAAGUAAUGGCAGUAAGAAGGGACAUUAAGAAAAUCAAUCCAAGACUUGUUGGCUUACCCAAGGAAUCUUUAGCGAACGCUGCUGUAUACGACCACCUAACGCCGAAGACCCAACAACUUCUAGCAGAUGCUAAAAGAUUCAAAGACGAAAAUGAUUUCAGAUUCUGUUGGACGAAAAACUCUAUGGUAUAUCUUCGAAAACAUGAAGAUUCCCGAGCGAUCAAGAUCAAAGACCAACGUGAUCUGGCGAACUUGCAAACAACCAAAGUUAAAUCCAAAAUAAGCAACAGCUAA